AUGGGUGACAAGAACGCUUCCAAGCGCGGUGCGCAAAGUUUAAAUAAUUCGUUGUCAAAUACGCCCAAUAAACCAGUUCGUUCGAAAAUACCAAAACCGAACGACUUUAAGGAAGGAAAGAAGGAAGAAAAUAGCACUGAAAUAGAGGCUAUGUUCCAACAUAUCAUGGACAAGCUUGGUAAGCUUGACGUCAUAGACAGUCGUGUUCAGUCUGUAGAGCACGAGCUAAAAGAGAUGAAAAAAUCACUCGAUUUUGUACACGAAGAGGUCGAAGACCUAAAGAAAGAAAAUGCUAAAUUGAAGAAGUCGGAUGGAGCGCAAGAAAGGUUGGCGAUGAGAGAAAAGCAGAGGCCUCGCUCAAGAAAAUUACAAGGGGGUAAAAACCUUCUCAUCAUUUUAUAAUCGUCGAAGAAAAAGAAGCAGGAAAAUACAACACAAUUAAUUCACAGUAUUCUCGAAAGUCAUCUUGAGAAUACAAGACGCAAUGUUGAUUAAGCUAGAUCGAAGUCACAGAAUGGGAAAGAAACAGCAAGGAAAAACACGUGCCAUUGUGGCAAAGUUUAUUAUUUCCCAGACAAAGUGCGGGUUUUAGCCAUCGCCAAAAAAUUGAAAGAUACUGGAAUAGCAAUCUCGGAGCAGUUCCCGGAGGAGAUUGUCAACAUCAGAAAGAAGCUCAUGCCAGUAUUUAAGAAGGCAAGGGCAGAAGGUAAAAAAGUGAAGAUGGUGAGAGAGAAAUUAUGA